AUGUUACCAUUUUGUAUUGUUCUUUUUAUCGUUGUUUUAACUAAAAUCGACGGACAAGUAAUAAAUAAUUAUUGUACUAGUUUUCCGAAUCCAUGUUUGAACGGUGGAAUAUGUGUUUCAAUAUAUCCCAAUACAUUUAUAUGCAAUUGUCCAUCUGGUUUUACGGGUAGUCUUUGUAAUUAUCCUCAAAGUACUGGUAGUACUUGUCUGAGUAAUACUUGUAAGAAUAAUGGAGUAUGUGUGACCGUACAGGGAGGUGGUUAUCGAUGUGUUUGUCAAGCGGGUUUCACAGGCAGUACUUGUGAGCUGUCUAGUGGUACAACUGGAACAACUGGUUCGAAUGCUUGUGUAGCUAAUGCGUGUCUUAACGGUGGAACAUGCCAAUCAGUACUUGGUGGUGGUUUUCGAUGUAUAUGUUCGGUUAGUUUUACGGGUAAUCGUUGUGAAUAUUCUAGUGGUACAAUUGGUAUAUCUACUUCAAGUGCUUGUCCAGUCAAUGCAUGUCUUAAUAGUGGAACAUGUCAAUCCGUACCUGGUGGUGGUUAUCGAUGUAUAUGUCGAGCUGGUUUUACUGGCGCUCGUUGCGAUGUUUCUCAAAUCACACCUAUUACAUAUAGCUUAACUCCUUGUCCAACUAAUAUAUGUCUUAAUGGUGGAUUGUGCACAUCACUACCUGGUGGUGGAGUUCAAUGUACAUGUCCAGCUGGUUUCACUGGUAGUCGUUGUGAUCUUUCUACUGGUAUUACUAAUCCAUCAACAUCAAACGCUUGUACGAUUAAUCCAUGUUUAAACGGUGGAGCAUGUAUAUCAGUACCAGGUGGUGGUUAUCGCUGUACAUGUCCAGUUGGUUUUACCGGUAUUCGCUGUGAUCUUUCUACUAGUAGUACUGGUACAUCAACAUCAAAUGCUUGUACGAUUAAUUCAUGUUUAAAUGGUGGAACAUGUGUAUCGGUACCCGGUGGUGGUUAUCGAUGUACAUGUCCAGCUGGUUUUAUUGGUAUUCGUUGUGAUCUUUCUACAAGUAUAACCGUACCUGGUACAUAUAGCUCGACUGCUUGUAGCAUUAAUCGAUGUCAAAAUGGUGGAUCAUGUCAAGCAGUAUCGGGAGGUGGUUUUCGUUGUAUAUGCCCAGCUGGUUUUAUAGGUACCUUUUGCACGUAUUCAAUAGCAGGUUGA